CUCCCAGCUUGAUCGACCGAUACAUUGCACUCGCGAAUUUUGCAGGCGCAUCAAGAAACACCAUUUGACAUGUCGAAAUGAUCGGCAAAUAGUGAGCUGAUCGAUCGACGCUUACCAGUUGUCGCCGGUCGCCGCGGGCUGCACCGGGUGGUGGUCAUGUACGCGCCCAAGCACCGGGGCCAUUCAUCGCAGCAGCAGCGCGUCGACGCGGCGGCGAUGGGUGGCGCCGCGGACGGCCACGGGCACCGGCCAACGGCGCGGCCGGCGCCUCGGCGCGCCAAGCUCAAGAUCCUCCUACUCGUCAUCGCCACCAACAUCGUAUCCGUCUACCUCUUCUCCGGCGCGUCGCUGUCCGUGCACCUGCCGGCGUCCGCGCCGCGCAUCCACCUGUGGGACUCGGCCGCACUGCUGCGGGACCUCAACGGCACCCGCGCCGCGCUCGCCGGGGCGCGCGCGGAGCUCGCGGCGCUGCGGGCGCAGUGCAACACGUCGUCGCUGCUCCUCGAGUCCGUGCUCGCCGGGCUCGGCGACGUGCACGGCGACACGCCGCCGGCCCAGGACUUUGGCGGCUGGCCCGAGGAGCCAAAGGGGGAGCUGAAGCUCGCCAUCGAGCCCCACAGGCUCCCACUCGGCUUCCACGCCAACUUCGGCACCGACGAACUCUUCCCGGGGCUCGGCUUCGCCUGCCGCAACUUCCAGGAUGAGCUCGCGCAGUACAUGACGUACAACGUCAGCGCCCAGUGCCCCGACGACGACGCCUUCGCGCUGCAGCUGAUGCUCAAGGGGUGCGAGCCGCUGCCCCGCCGCCGCUGCAGGCCGAGGUCGCCGGCGCGGUACGCCGAGCCAGCCCCGCUCCCGCGGAGCCUGUGGUCCAUCCCGCCGGACACCACCGUCCGCUGGGCGCCGUACACGUGCAAGAACUACACUUGCCUCGUGGAACGCGCGCGCACCAGGGGCGGGUCCUACUUCUGCAAGGACUGCUUCGACCUGGAGGGCAAGGAGCGGCGGCGGUGGCUCAUCGACAACGGUGGUCCGGGGUUCAGCAUCGACAGCGUGCUGCGGUCCCGGCCGCCGGGCACGGUGCGGAUCGGGCUCGACAUCGGCGGCGGCACGGGCACGUUCGCGGCGCGCAUGCGGGAGCGCGACGUGACCGUGGUGACCACAACGCUGGACCUGGACGCGCCCUUCAACCGGUUCGUGGCCUCCCGCGGGCUCGUGCCGCUGCAGCUCAGCCUCAUGCAGCGGCUGCCCUUUGCCGACGGCGUGCUGGACAUCGUGCACACCAUGAACGCGCUCAGCAACUGGGUGCCCAACGCCGUGCUCGAGUCCGCGCUCUUCGACAUCUACCGGGUGCUCAGGCCCGGCGGCGUCUUCUGGCUCGACCACUUCUUCUGCCUCGGCCCGCAGCUCAACGGCACCUACGUGCCGAUGGUCGAUCGUGUCGGCUUCCGCCGGCUCCGGUGGAAGGCUGGCCGGAAGCUCGACCUCGGCGCCGAAAGAAACGAGUGGUACCUCUCGGCGUUGCUCGAGAAGCCCAUGACUUGACAGUAUCACAGCGCCGGUUGGUAAUGUGCUUGUUGUUUCUUCCAUUGAUUUCUUCUUUGUGCUUUGGGUGAUUGUGAUUGUCAGGAAACAGGGUCCAGAAAAAGGAUUAGCAUUGUAGAGAAGAGAAGAUGACGAGAUUGUGCCAAGAUUUAGACGGAUUCUGAAAUAUUUUUCAAGAAAUAAUUCAGUUUAAUUGUUACAGAACACUGCCUAUUGCUAGUCAGUUGUGGCGCAUGUUGGGUGUAGUUCAGAAGGUGUUAUCACUCAGAGC